CCGAGAUAGCAAAUGCUAACGCUAUACAAGCAUAAACCGACACCACCAUAACACGAAGCACGACACCCGCAUUGUAUCGAAACCGAAUAAUAUAAAUAUCUGUACAUCUCCAAACCAUCCGUCUUCAUUAAUCUAAUCGUCACAAUAAACCUUUUCUUCUUACGAAAUCGACCAUGCCCUACAACAGCUACCCCUCGCCAUCCUAUUCCCCAUCGUCCUUGUUCGACUCUCCCCCCUCAACGACAACUGCUUCAUCGGCACCGACACCCGACCAAAUAUCGGAAUGGGAUAAGCCUGUCGAGUUGCCCAUUCAUACUCACCAAGAUCACGCCGACGAGCCACCACAGUACCAACCGAACCCAACCGCACCUUGCCUUGUUGACUGUAGCGGUGGCAAACUUGUUUAUCGAUUAUACGACCCCGACUUUGUACCGCCGCCCUUAUAUCCAGAAUCCAAGGACCUCCGAGUCGAAAUGGGAUAUUUCUUUGACCUCACCCAAGAGUGCGUUGCCCAACAUAUCAACCACCGCAAAGCCAAGGAAAAGCUGGCUACUGCCCGCCGUCUCCUCGCUCACCGCAUCGCCGUCCGUUUGUCUACCGUCCUCCGGCGUUACCGGGAUGAAGCUGCGCGCCAGCGCGUUAUCCGUCGCUAUGUCCACUUGCACAUACAUGACACGUUUAUUUCGACCGACGAAUCACUUUUCUCCCUUAUAAACAUCUAUUAUAACAAGAUGCUCGGGGAUGGUCUGCCCGCAGACAUGGCCGCCCGGGACGUGCGGAUCUAAAGCCAGGGGGCUAUGUAGUGACAAUUCCCCGCUUACAAUAAAGAUUUCUUUCUUGCCACCAUACUCGAUUUC